ACGACAUCGUACAAAUGGGCGACUCGGUGCAUUUCAUGUUUGACAUGGCGAUCGUGCGUCUCUCAAGCUCAAGACCGAAGGGCCUGCCAAGUUGCUGGCACUUGUCUUGAACGCCGACGACCAGCCGAUGACUCGGACAUUGACAAUCGUCGAUAAGUAAGGCCCCGGGCACCGACGCUGAUAAAUACCGCGAUCAGCGACUCCGGCCGCCUUGAGAUCUUGAGACCUCGAGCUGAGAGCCUUUCCAGCAUCCCGUGGUACUUUCGCCGAACCGGCGUCGCGAGAACGACGGUGUGCGGCCCGACGAAGCGGAAGUAUGCCCGUAGUACAUAUCAGCGACACCCGGGACACUACAGCAGCGAGCAGUGACGACGAUUGAAGCGCAAUGUCCACGAUCAUGAAGGCAGUCCAAUACGAGUCGCCACGCAAUUUUGCGCUCACGGAGGUGCCCAUACCAGAGCCCGGAGACGACGAGGUGUUAUUGAAAGGUGUGUGCGGAACGGACGGCCACGUACACGAAGGAGAGUUCAUCGCGUCCUUCCCGUUGAUCCCGGGACAUGAAGUCGUUGGUGUCAUAGCGGACAUGGGCAAGAACGUGCAGGGCUUCGCGAAGGGCGAUCGGUGUGUUGCGGACCCUGGCGUGACUUGCGGCGCCUGCUUCUACUGUCGGCGCGGAGAGACAUUGCUCUGCGAGAACUUCCAAGGCAAGGGUGUCAGCGCGACCCAGCCAGGGGGCUUCAGCGAGUACAUCACGUUCUCUGCAUACAAGGUAUACAAGAUUCACAACCUCACUGACGAAGAGGCUACCCUGAUAGAGCCUGCGGCGUGCGCUGUGCAUGGCAUGGACAAGCUCGGGACGGCGGUCGGCGUCGACGCUCUGGUCAUCGGCGCUGGCCCGACCGGUCUCGUUCUCGCACAACUCCUCAAACUUAACGGCGCGAUGAGAGUCGUGAUUGCGGCGAACAAGGGUAUCAAGACCGAGAUCGCGAAGCAGCUCGACGCAGGGGACGAAUACAUCGAGCUCGACCGGGCUGACCCCGCGCAGCAAUGGGCCCAGCUAAAGAAGGACAACCCGUACGGCUUCGACGUCGUCGUAAGUCGAGGCGACGGGUCGGAGCAGGUCGCGAACGACGCGAUCAACUACGUGCGCCGCGGCGGGAAGCUGAUGAUCUACGGCGUGUACGACAACGCCGCGCGCGUGCACUGGCCGCCGUCCAAGAUCUUUGGCGACGAGAUCCAGAUCAUCGGCUCCUUCGCCCAGACGUACUGCUUCCCCCGCGCGGUGCAGUACCUCGACAGCGGCAAGGUCCGCGUCAAGGGCAUGGUCACGGACGUGUUCACCAUCGCGGAGUAUGAGAAGGCACUGGCGAAGAUGAACAGCCGCGGGCGCUGAAGAUCGCCGUCAAGCCUAGCUGAAUGUGCGGGCUAGUGGUCCGCUCGGGUCGGAGCGUCGCGGGGUCUGCGAAAUGUGGCGUUGGCAGGCAGCGGAGGUAAAGGUUGGAGUAAGUAGCACGAGCAGCGGAUGCAAUCGACUGACGUUCGCGCGGUGCGCCUAGUGUCCGUCGCCGUCGCAUGUCUACUUACCGCCCGACCUAUCCGCGCCGAUUCAUUCCUCACUAUACACAGCAUCUGCCAUUGCAAAUCGACUGCGUCAGAAGAGGCUGCUACAUUGAAAUUUGUCUCCGCCACGAUGUGCAGUACAUUGACGUAACACAAUAUUAUGAGUCUAUUCAAAA